AAACACCGCAUGCAUGCUUGUUUAUCAACAUUUCAUUUCUGAAAUUCAACCGGCACGUCAAUAUAAAUUUUCAAAAAGAAAUUUCACCGAGGUCGUUAAAAUGGAUAUUGGAGAGCUGCUGUCGUUCAAGCCGGAGCAAACACCCAAACGUCCGUCGGAUUUCGAUGGGCAGGAGGAAUAUUCCGACGAAGAUGACGAGCCGCAACCGAGCAGAAAGGUGGUCCGCAAAGAACAGGACACUCCCAACGUAAAGGCCAAAGCAACGGCCUCGAUCCCAAAGCAGGAGCCACAAAUAAGCGAACAGGAACGGAUCGAUAUUCUGAAGCUAGUGGAGAGUGAGGAAGUGGAAGGGGAAGUUUUGGAUGAGACCAGUCUGAAGAAGAUUCUUUUAUUGUUCGAAAAACGGGUAUUGAAAAAUCAGGAAAUGCGAAUCAAGUUCCCUGAGAAUCCAGAAAAAUUUAUGGAAAGCGAAAUCGAGUUGAACGAUGUUAUCCAAGAACUGCACGCGGUUGCUACAGUACCGGAUCUUUACACGCUUCUUGUAGAAUUGAAUGGAGUAGCUAGUCUGCUUGAAUUGCUGUCUCACCAAAAUACUGACAUCAGUGUUGCUGUGGUUGAUCUCAUCCAAGAGCUGACGGAUGUUGAUAUCCUUCACGAGAGUAUGGAUGGAGCGGAAACAUUGAUAGAAGCGUUGCGAAACCAACAAGCAGCUGGCCUGUUGGUCCAAAACUUGGAACGUCUUGACGAAACUGUGAAGGAAGAAGCUGAUGGCGUCCACAAUACGUUGGCUAUAUUUGAAAAUUUGAUUGAGAUAAAGUCGGAAUUCUCCAUCGAGGCCGCUGAACAGGGUUUGCUUCAAUGGAUUAUGAAGCGCCUACGGAUGAAAAUGCCGUUCGACGCCAACAAAUUGUACUGUAGUGAGAUUUUGUCGAUACUUGUACAGGAUACAAAUGAAAAUCGAAUUUUGCUAGGCAAUAUUGAUGGUAUUGAUGUACUGCUUCAACAAUUGGCUAUUUACAAACGGCACGAUCCGGCGUCCACCGAGGAGCAAGAGUUUAUGGAAAAUCUUUUCAAUUGUCUGUGCUCUGCGUUGAUGGCUUCAGAAAAUCGAGAAAAGUUUCUCAAAGGUGAAGGUUUACAGCUAAUGAAUUUGAUGCUCCGGGAGAAGAAACUAUCCCGAAAUGGCUCCCUGAAAGUUCUGGACCAUGCUAUGUCCGGUCCGGAUGGGCGCGAAAAUUGUAACAAGUUUGUGGACAUUCUCGGUUUGAGAACGAUUUUCCCGUUGUUCAUGAAAACUCCGAAGCGUAACAAAAAGCGAAUACUGAGCACAGAUGAGCACGAGGAACAUGUGGUGUCGAUUGUGGCCAGCAUGUUACGAAAUUGUAAAGGUCCGCAGCGUCAAAGGCUGCUCACUAAGUUCACUGAAAACGAUUUUGAAAAGGUGGAACGCCUUAUGGAGUUGCACUUCAAGUUUUUGGAAAAAGUAGAGGAAGUUGAUCGUGAAAUUGAUCAGCAAAUGAAUACGAAUGACGAUGAUGAAGAUGAGGAUGCCAAUUACAUCAAACGUCUAGCGGGAGGUUUGUUCACUUUGCAGCUGAUCGAUUACAUUAUACUGGAAAUAAGUUCUACGGAUGUCGUCAAGCAACGGAUCUUGCAGAUCCUUAACUUGCGCAAUGCUUCGAUGAAAACUAUCCGGCACGUUAUGAGAGAGUAUGCCGGUAAUCUUGGUGACGCUGGUAAUUCGGACUGGAGAGAGCAAGAACAAGCCUACAUCAUUCAGUUAGUUGAUCGGUUUUAAAAUAAAAUACAUACAAAUUUAGCGAUACCUGGCAGAUAUCUGA